GCCGCACCAUGCCCGCGGCCGGCCCAUCCCGCGCCCAGCCUGGCCGAUCGCGGUAGCCCGAGCCGCCCGCGGCCGCUAGCAGCCGGGAGCCGUCCGCCCGCGCCCCGGACGCGGGUCUAUGGGAAGUUCGGAGUCUUGACAGCCGCCGCCGCCGCAGGCAUUCCUCCUCAAGAGAACUGAAGUAAUGAGAAGACAUCAUGGAGGCCCAGUCUCACAGCUCCACGACCACUGAGAAGAAGAAAGCUGAGAAUUCCAUCGUGAGAUGCUCUGCUCGAACAGAUGUCAGCGAGAAGGCCGUGGCCUCUAGCACCACUUCCAAUGAGGAUGAAAGUCCUGGACAGAUCUAUCACCGAGAGAGAAGAAACGCCAUCACUAUGCAGCCUCAGAGCGUGCAGGGGCUCAGCAAAAUCAGUGAGGAGCCCUCCACGUCUAGUGACGAGAGGGCCUCAUUGAUCAAGAAGGAAAUCCAUGGAUCCCUGCCACACCUGGCGGAGCCCUCUGUCCCUUACCGUGGGACCGUGUUUGCCAUGGAUCCCAGGAAUGGUUAUAUGGAACCUCACUACCACCCUCCUCAUCUUUUUCCUGCCUUCCAUCCUCCUGUACCAAUUGAUGCCAGACAUCAUGAGGGGCGUUACCAUUACGAUCCGUCUCCUAUUCCUCCGUUGCAUGUGCCUUCUGCCUUAUCUAGUAGCCCAACGUAUUCGGACCUGCCAUUCAUCAGGAUCUCCCCGCACCGGAACCCCGCUGCAGCUUCCGAGUCUCCCUUCAGCCCCCCACACCCCUACAUCAACCCGUACAUGGACUACAUUCGCUCCUUGCACAGCAGCCCUUCCCUCUCCAUGAUCUCGGCGGCCCGGGGGCUGAGCCCUACAGAUGCCCCCCACACUGGAGUCAGCCCUGCAGAGUAUUAUCACCAGAUGGCCCUGUUGACCGGCCAGCGCAGCCCCUAUGCAGACAUCCUUCCCUCUGCUGCCACCGCCAGUGCAGGGGCCAUCCACAUGGAGUAUCUUCAUGCCAUGGAUAGCACCAGAUUCCCCAGCCCCAGGCUGUCAGCCAGGCCGAGCCGCAAACGUACCCUGUCCAUAUCACCACUGUCUGAUCAUAGCUUUGACCUUCAGACUAUGAUAAGAACAUCUCCCAACUCCUUGGUCACAAUUCUCAAUAAUUCCCGUAGCAGCUCUUCAGCAAGUGGCUCCUAUGGUCACUUAUCUGCAAGUGCAAUCAGCCCUGCCUUGAGCUUUACCUACCCAUCUGCACCCGUCUCUCUCCACAUGCAUCAACAGAUUUUAAGCCGACAGCAAAGUCUAGGCUCUGCCUUUGGACAUAGCCCUCCACUCAUCCACCCGGCCCCAACUUUUCCAACACAGAGGCCUAUUCCAGGGAUCCCUACAGUUCUCAACCCUGUCCAGGUCAACUCCGGCCCUUCUGAGUCCUCACAGAGCAAACCCACAAGUGAGUCUGCAGUGAGCAGCACUGGUGACCCAAUGCAUAAUAAGCGGUCCAAAAUCAAACCGGAUGAGGAUCUCCCCAGCCCAGGAGUACGGGGCCAACAGGAGCAGCCAGAAGGAACCACCCUAGUCAAGGAGGAGGGGGACAAAGAUGAAAGCAAGCAGGAGCCUGAAGUCAUCUAUGAGACAAACUGCCACUGGGAAGGCUGCACCCGGGAGUUCGACACCCAGGAUCAGCUCGUGCACCAUAUCAAUAAUGACCAUAUUCAUGGAGAGAAGAAGGAGUUUGUGUGCCGGUGGCUCGAGUGCUCCAGGGAACAGAAACCCUUCAAAGCCCAGUACAUGUUGGUAGUGCAUAUGAGAAGACACACGGGUGAGAAGCCUCACAAAUGCACUUUUGAAGGUUGCACAAAGGCCUACUCGAGACUAGAAAACUUGAAAACGCACUUGAGAUCUCACACUGGAGAGAAACCAUAUGUCUGUGAGCACGAAGGCUGCAACAAGGCCUUCUCCAAUGCCUCCGAUCGCGCCAAGCACCAAAACAGAACACAUUCCAAUGAGAAACCCUACGUGUGCAAAAUCCCAGGCUGCACCAAGCGUUACACAGACCCCAGCUCCCUCCGGAAACACGUGAAGACCGUGCAUGGCCCUGAGGCUCAUGUCACCAAGAAGCAGCGUGGGGACGUGCAUCCUCGACCCCCACCCCCGAGAGAUUCUGGCAGCCAUUCACAGUCCAGGUCCCCUGGCCGGCCGACUCAGGGAGCCCUCGGGGAACAGAAGGAGCUGAGCAACACUACCUCAAAGCGGGAAGAAUGUCUCCAAGUGAAGGCAGUCAAGGCUGAGAAGCCCAUGACAUCUCAGCCAAGCCCUGGUGGUCAGUCUUCAUGCAGCAGCCAACAGUCCCCCAUCAGCAGCUAUUCCAACAGUGGGCUCGAGCUUCCUCUGACUGAUGGAGGUAGUGUAGCAGACCUCAGCGUCAUCGACGAAACCCCAAUCAUGGACUCGACCAUUUCCACGGCAACUACAGCCCUUGCUUUGCAAGCCAGGAGAAACCCGGCAGGGACCAAAUGGAUGGAGCAUGUAAAACUAGAAAGGCUAAAACAAGUGAAUGGAAUGCUUCCACGACUGAACCCCAUUCUACCCCCCAAAGCCCCUGCGGUCUCUCCUCUCAUUGGAAAUGGCACUCAGUCCAGUAACAACUGCAGUCCGGGUGGGCCCGUGACUCUUCUCCCCAACAGAAGCGAGCUCUCUGGGGUGGACCUCACCGUGCUCAACAGGAGGGACAGCAGCGCGAGCACCAUCAGCUCUGCCUACCUGAGCAGCCGUCGCUCCUCCGGGAUCUCCCCCUGCUUCUCCAGCCGCAGGUCCAGCGAGGCCUCGCAGACCGAGGGCCGGCCCCAGAACGUGAGUGUGGCGGACUCCUACGACCCGAUCUCCACCGACGCAUCGCGCAGGUCCAGCGAGGCCAGCCAGGGCGACGGGCUGCCCAGCCUGCUGAGCCUCACGCCUGCACAGCAGUACCGCCUCAAGGCCAAGUACGCAGCCGCCACGGGUGGUCCCCCGCCCACGCCCUUGCCGCACAUGGAGAGGCUGAGCCUGAAAACCAGGAUGGCCCUGCUGGACGGCAGGGAGUCUGGAGUGACGCUGCCUCCUGUGCAUCCUCCCCGGAGAUGCAGCGAUGGAGGAGCCCACAGUUAUGGCAGGCGACACCUGCUGCCUCAUGAUGCACUGGGGAAUGGCGUGAGGAGAGCCAGUGAUCCUGUAAGGACGGUCUCAGAGAACCUGGCCCUUCCUAGGGUCCAGCGCUUCAGCAGCCUCAACAGUUGCAACACUCCGGGUUUGCCUCCAUCGGUGGAAAAGCGUAAUUUAGUGCUGCAGAAUUACACCCGGCCUGAGGGCGGCCAGCCCCGUCACUUCCAUGCAUCUCCCUGCCCUCCCAGCAUUACCGAGAAUGUCACCCUGGAGUCCUUAAGUAUGGAUGCUGAUGCCAGCUUGAAUGAUGAAGAUUUCUUGCCAGACGAUGUGGUGCAGUAUUUAAAUUCCCAGAACCAAGCAGGAUAUGGGCAGCACUUGCAAAGCACCAUCUCGGAGGACAACAAAGUACCCCAUGGGCCAAGCGACUUCGACCUGCCUGGGCUGCCAGACAGCCACGCUAGCCAACAGUACAGGUCCCUGGAACAGCCGUGCUCAGAAGGCAGCAAAACCGACCUGCCCAUUCAGUGGAACGAAGUCAGCUCUGGAAGUGCAGACCUGUCUUCCUCCAAGCUGAAAUGUGGCCCGCGGUCCACCGUGCAGCAGGCUCGUGCCUUUGGGUUAUACAACAACAUGGUCAUCCACCCACAGAAUCCAUGGAAGGGUGGAUCUGGUCCAGUUGGGGGAUAUCAGACCCUUGGGGAGAAUGGCAGCACCUGCAGUGGCCCAGAGCACUUGGCUAUCCACAGUGACACGGGAACUGGCCCCAAUGGAAACUCCUUCCAUGAACAGCUCUUCAAGGCCCAGCAGUAUGGGAACUGUCUAAACAGGCAGCCAGUGGCCCCUGCUGCAUUAGACAGCGCCUUUGGUGGUGGGAUUCAAGGGUCGAAGCUGAAAAGCACCACCAUGCAAGGAAAUGGGGGUCCCCUGGAUUUUGGCCUGUCAGUGGCACCAAAUGAGUCAGCUGGCAGCGCAGUGAAUGGUAUGCAGACCCAAGACCCCAUGGGACAAGGGUAUCUUGCUCACCAGCUACUCAGCGACAGCAUGCCACACCAUGGGGCAGGCCGCGCUGGUCAGCAGAUACUAGGGCAGGUUAGUGCUACCUCACACGUCAACAUCUAUCAAGGGCCAGAGAGCUGCCUGCCAGGGACUCAGGACAUCAGCAGCCAGCCAGCAGGCCCUGCAGUUGUCAGGGGCUAUCAGCCGUGUGCCACCUAUGGGGGCAAUAGGCGCCAGACUGUGCCAAGGGGCAGCCUCGCUCUGCAGCAAGGACAACUCAGUGACUCGAGUCAGACCUGCAGAGUGAAUGGUAUCAAGAUGGAGAUGCAAGGGCAGCCCCCGCAGCUCUGUUCUAAUACUCAGAAUUACUCUGGUCAGUUCUAUGACCAAACAGUAGGCUUCAGUCAGCAAGACACAAAAGCUGGUUCAUUCUCCAUUUCAGAUGCCAACUGCCUGCUCCAGGGGGCCGGCGCCGAAGACUCUGAGUUACUUUCCCCAGGUGCUAACCAGGUGACCAGCACAGUUGACAGCCUCGACAGCCAUGACCUAGAUGGGGUGCAGAUUGAUUUUGAUGCCAUCAUAGAUGAUGGGGACCAUGCCAGCCUGAUGUCAGGGGCCCUGAGCCCAAGUAUUAUUCAGAACCUUUCCCAUAGCUCCUCCCGCCUCACUACGCCACGCGCAUCCCUCCCGUUCCCAGCGCUCUCUGUGAGCACCACCAACAUGGCUAUCGGAGACAUGAGCUCUUUGCUGACUUCCCUUGCAGAAGAAAGCAAAUUCCUUGCAGUUAUGCAAUAGGGUUAGGCAAAAAGGACUGUGAACUUUAGGAGUUGAAAGACUGAACUGACUCUGAUUUGGCUGUUUGGUUUUUUGGGGGGUUUAUUUGUUUUUUAAAGUUCUCUAUGUAUUUUAGCAAUCUCAUCUCACCUGACUGGGAUGUGUUUCAAGUAUAUUCCUUUUAUGGAAAAGGACUCUGAAAAACCCUAAGGUAUUCUAGGGAGAAACUGUCUUCCAUUACAGUUUUGAAUCAGUAUUGUUACACUCGAACCACCCUCUUUUUUUUAACCUUUAAGUCUGCCCCCUUUUUUAGUAAACCAGUGUAAAUGUGUGAAUGUGCAUGUUCUUUUUUUUGGAAGAGAGGUCAUCAAAUUAAAGGAUUUGACAUGCUUCUCUGUUACUACAAG